AUGGCGAGCAGUUUCAUAGCGAUUGGGUCGCAGGAUUCAACCGCUGUUCGCGAAUCAGUGGUCAAGAUUUUCUCAACAUAUCGCGGUCCGGACUUUGCUCGUCCAUGGACCAAGCAAGCGCCUCAGGAGCUGUCGGGGACUGGGUUUGUGAUCGAGGGCAAUCGGAUCCUCACCAAUGCGCAUGUUGUUGAGCAAGCGACGCGGAUCUAUGUGCAGCCCCCCAACAGCGCGGACAAGCUCCGCGCGGAGGUCAUCGGGAUCUCGCAGCAGAUGGACCUCGCGGUCAUCGAGAUCAAGAAGGACUCCGAACGCGAAGAGUUCCACUCGGCGCAUCCUGUGCUUGAGCUCAGCGACACGCUUCCUUCGAUCGGAUCGACUGUCCAAGCGAUCGGGUAUCCGAUGGGGGGCGAGCAGGUCUCGAUUACUGAGGGCGUCGUCUCGCGGAUCGAGUACACGGAUUACAACAUGGAAGCGCAGGGGCUCCGCGUGCAGGUGGACGCGGCGCUCAAUCAUGGAAACUCGGGUGGGCCUGUGAUUCUUGACGGCAAGGUCUGCGGCGUGGUCUUCAGCGGCGUCGAGUACGCGGAGAACAUCGGGUAUGUGAUCCCGGCAGAAGAGGUCCACAUCUUCCUCAAGGACAUCGAGGACGGCAGCUACGACGGACCGGAGCGGUUGUACGACGCGCGUUUCCAGACGUGCGAAAAUGAUGCGCUGCGUUCGUUCUUGGGACUGAGCCGAGAGCAGACUGGGAUUGUGUUCACGCGUCCCAAGUCUGAGUCCGAGUCUCCGAUGCUGGAGUGGGACCUGCUCGACAAGAUCGGGGAGUACGACAUUGAUAACGCGGGGAUGGUGACCAGUCAUGACGGCUUGCGCCUGCACUGGCGCUACUUCAUCCGCGAGCUUGUCAGCGAAGGGACGAUUCCGGUGACGAUUAUCCGCGGUGGGGAGUCGAUGGAGAUUGAUCUGCAUGUGACCAACGAGCGGGACGAGCUUGUGCCGUAUAUCGGGAAUGAUUAUCCGGAGUACUUCAUCUGUGGCCCGAUGAUCUUCACACCUGUCCGACGCGAGCAUUUCUACAACCUCUAUCUCGGAUACGGCAUCGUCGACGGCUCUCCUGUCGGAUUGCACAUCAACGACGAGCGAGAGUUUGAGGGGCAGGAGUAUGUGGUCCUCGCGGCAACCUUCCUCCCCCACUCGGUCACCAAGGGCUACGAGGUCUACGGUAAUCCAACACUCAAGAGCCUCAACGGCGAGGAGAUCAAAUCUCUCUCACACCUCGUUGAGCUGCUGCGUGACAACGACGAGGACACGCUGAUCUUCAAGUUCUUUGAUCGCAGUCAGGAGAACCUGAUCUUUGAUGCCGAGGAACUGAUUGAAUCGACUGAGGAAGUCCUCGAAGACAACUCGAUCCGCAACCAGGGCUCGGACCGGUUCAUGGACAUCUGGGAAGAGUAA